AUGAUUGCGAUAGUUUCAUCGCCCGUAUGCAUCUCACUUAGGGGUGAAUUGACCAGCUUCUCCUUCAGAAGAGAAACUCCAAGGCUUGUUGUUAUAUAUCUCAAGUAUGAGGAAGAAGAUGAUGACCCACUUGAUGAAGCAGUCUUUGCCCAAAGUAUGACCAGGCUGACCGAGGAAGAAACUCACACGAUUUGGGAAAAACAUCCGCCACAUGCUGCCUACGUUGGGAUGCCAUUCGUGACCCUCCUGACACGGACGGUGGUUAACCACCAUGUCAUGAAAUUACCUAAGAGUGUAUGUGUCAACUGUGGCAUUGAGCCAGAUGAGGAAGGCAUUGUUGUACUAUGCCUUACUACAAGGGACUCUGUCACCACCUGUGCUAAUGCAGUGCACAUGCACGGGCGCACUAUCUUUAGUGCGGCUGGGUGGAGCAACCUCGUCACUAGCAAGAAUCUUUGA